AAGCAGCCAUUCUCCAAUCAAGUUGAUCAGAUCGAUCAAUUUCAACAUGGCUGCAAUCGUGUUGAUGAUUGCGUUUCUCGUGAUGGCUGCAGCAUGGAAGAUGGUGUGUAUCCGCAAGAGAGAAGAGAGGGCACGAUUUCUAGCGUCGCUCCACCCCGUGAGAGACGCACACAAGAUCCUGUGGUACAUGUACUCGGUGGAAUUCCCCUUCCUCUCGCAAAAGGCGCUCGAGUUUGGCACAAUCCGCACGCUGGGCAUCCCGGGGAUCACAAAUCUGCUCUUCAAGACCAAGUACGGCCUCAAGGAUCCGCAGAAGCGCGCCGCCGAGACCAACAUUCUGGUGAGCGAGAUGAUUCACCACCACGUCGACAGCGAUCGCGGCUCGUACGCGGUGAGGAGAUUGAAUGGAAUCCACAACAAAUUCAAGAUCCCAAACGACCAAUUCGCAUACGUCCUCUGCCUCAACGUGGUCAGCCCCAUUGAUUUCUCCGAGAGAUUUGGAUUCCGCAAGUGGACCGACAGCGAGAAGGAGGCCGCGUAUGUUGUGUGGCACGACGUGGGCGUGAGGAUGGGCAUCACAACCAUCCCAGAUAGCAUUCCAGAGAUGCGGGAGUACAUUCGCGAUUACGAGGCCAAGAACGCCAUCUUCACGGACAAGAACAAGAGCAUCGUCCAGGAUCUCAAGCAUCUGGUGCUGGAUGCAUUUCCUCACCCCGUGCAGCCGCUGGUCGAGACUGGGAUCUGUGCACUCAUCGAUCCCACAAUCAGGAGCGCUGUUGGAUUGGAAAGGCCUCCAGCAAUUGUGGAGUGGAUCAUCUUGGGUGCGUUCAAGCUGCUGGCCGGGAGCUUCGUGUCCGCGUUCUUGCCUCCCAGACGUGUGGAGGAUGCAAAGGGCAGCAUUGAGGUGGACUGGUGUCCCAAUCCCGCUGCCAAUCCGGAAGAGUACCGGCAGCUCAACGUGAAUGUGUAUCGCCCACCAGCAUUCGAGAAGGGAUACAAGCUGGCGGAGCUGGGAGCGCUGAAAUCAGGCAAGCUUGGACCAUACUACGAUGGAGGCUUGCGCUGCCCCUUCCGGCAAAUGCACGCAUAGGAAUAGGACGGGCAUAGGACAUUCGGUCGGAGAACAGAGCAUCAUUUAAAAAUGCGUAGUUUACAUGAAUCUUUUUGUAAUUUUAGCGGAAAGGUGGCUAACAAAACCAGAUAUUCGAAACAAAAUUUAGUUUUAUCCAAAUGGGGAAAAAGAAUAUCAUA